UCAGGUUCCGGGGCGUCGCGGAGCUCCCGGCCUGUGGAUCGCGCGGGGCGCUCUUCGGUUCCGGGGCCACGCGCCCCGCGGCGGCCGGGAUGGAAGAGGCCGGAGCGGCGGUGGCCACGGCGGGGGAGGCCGAACUGAAUUUGGCCCGCCUCAGCGUGUCUCCGGAGACUCUGGAGUUGGAGCUGGAGGCGCGGGGCGAAGAGCGGCGCGGCGCCCGUGAGGCGCUGCUCCGGCUGCUACUGCCUCAUAACCGUCUGGUGUCGCUGCCGCGGGCGUUGUGCAGCGGCUUCCCGCACCUCCAGCUGUUGGACGUGAGCGGCAACGCGUUGACCGCGCUGGGGCCAGAGCUGCUCGCGCUGAGCGGCCUGCGCACGCUGCUGGCCAAGAACAACCGGCUCGGCGGGCCCGGCGCGCUGCCCAAGGGCCUGGCCCAGUCGCCGCUCUGCCGCAGCCUCCAGGUGCUCAACCUCAGCGGGAACUGCUUCCAGGAGGUGCCCGCGUCGUUGCUGGAGCUGCGCGCGCUGCAGACCCUCAGCCUGGGCGGCAACCAACUGCAGAGCAUCCCGGCCGAGAUCGAGAACUUGCAGAGUUUAGAGUGUUUAUAUCUCGGAGGAAACUUCAUCAAAGAAAUCCCACCAGAAUUAGCAAAUCUGCCUUCUCUAAGUUACUUGGUAUUAUGUGACAACAAAAUCCAAAGUGUGCCUCCUCAGCUUUCACAGUUGCAUUCACUUCGUUCCCUCAGUCUUCACAAUAACUUGCUGACAUACCUGCCUCGAGAGAUCCUCAGCCUUGUUCAUUUGGAAGAAUUGAGUUUGCGAGGAAAUCCAUUAGUUGUUCGUUUUGUUAGAGAUUUAACCUAUGACCCUCCAACUCUCCUGGAAUUAGCUGCACGGACCAUUAAAAUUCGAAAUAUUUCCUACACUCCCUACGAUCUUCCUGAGAAUCUUCUUAGAUACUUGAGUUUAGCCAGCAAUUGCCCAAACCCAAAGUGUGGAGGAGUCUACUUUGACUGCUGUGUCAGACAAAUUAAAUUUGUGGACUUCUGUGGGAAGUACCGCCUCCCACUGAUGCACUACUUAUGCUCCCCAGAAUGUUCUUCCCCUUGCAGUUCCGCCUCUCACAGCUCCACAUCCCAGAGUGAAUCUGACUCGGAGGACGAAGCUAGUGUUGCUGCACACAGAAUGCAGAAAGUUCUUCUUGGUUGAAACGAAUGCAGGGUUGUAUGAAACAUUAAAAGAACUGGGCAAAGGUGAUUAGAAAAGAAAACAGACUUUGAAGUUCACUAGAAACCAUCACUAGAAACCAUAUCUUCAUCUUGAAUGUCCAUGAAAGAGUUGGAGAUGAUGAAAAAGAUUUUGCAUUUCAUCUUCCCAUUCAGCAGGAAUGAGUCCAGUUCCAUGUUUGGAUUCUUUGAAUAUAAAUCACUCUGAAUGAUGGUUUCAGAUUUAACUGAUUGUUUGCAAUUUUCACGCAAGUUUUGCAUGAAUCACACAGCACAAUGGAGCGUUCUGAAGAGCAGUGCUAUAAUAAACCAUGAGUGGUAUAACUUGUGACGAGAUGAAGAAAGAAAUGAUCAGAGCUCUAAUUAUUACCAGAAUUGUCCUUGGGUUUAGACUGAACACUAUACCUUAACAGAAUUAGCCCUCUCUUCCUGUACUGCCAUUUGUCUAGAUUACAGAGCUAUUCAGAUAAGCUCACAGAUGGGUUACAUAGGACCUAACCCUUUCUGACCUACUAACUGGUAAAGUAAGGGAUAUAACUUCUAUGUGGGAUUUUAAAACUCUUCAGUUCUGCUCUUUUGUUCUAUAUGAUUGCUGUUUCCUUUCUGUAAUCCAGCAAUGACUAUUGUAGUGCCUUAAUCCUAGCAAGAUUUUAGAAAUUUAUUCAUGGAAUGAUGCCAGAGCAGCCUAUAUAACCUGACAUACUAUGCAGAACACUUUAAAAUAUGCUUUAACAGAACUAGGUAAACAGCUGUAUAUCUGACAAAAGAGCUCAUGCCACCUUAACUUGAAUUUUUUGUUUAAACAUGAAGUGAUCCCCUUGUAAGGAAAUCACUUUUACACUUACUGGGAAGCAACAGUCUUGAUUAAUCUUUUCAUUGUAAGACAGAAUAAUAGCUUUUGAUUUAAAAAUCUGUCUGGUUUCUUUUGACAGAAAAGAGAUGUAAGCUUAGAAAGCUUCUUUGUAUCUUGCAUUAAAGGAGUGGGAAAAUGAUUUUAAAAUUUUUAAGUCAUGUCUGACUCCUUUGCCUGUGUGUACUGAACUGUAACUUUCUGUACAUUUAAAAAAAAAAACUAGAAAACCAUUACAACAAGCCAAAUAAAGUUGUGGGCAGCCAUCAUUUGUGUAAAGACUUUAAAGCAGUCUUUAAAUUGUGUGAAAUAGAAUAAUUUCCAAAACUAGUUUAACUAUGGAGUACUUUUUGAAAGUAAUGUAUUGAUAACAUAAGGAAUUUGUUAAAUAUAUCCCUAAAGUGUAGCAGAAAAAUGUUUCACAAAUUAAUUGCUAUUAGAAAUGACCAAAUUUUUAUUAACUAGUUAAUUUGCAAUAAAAAUUGAAUAGUACAAUUAUAAGUUGAUAUUAUAAAAUACACAACACAUACUAGCAGUCAUUAGAUAACCAAUAAUAAAAUGAUGUUUUAUUGAUAAAUGUUACCUAUACAAUAAUAUGUAGGUCAGAAACGCAUUAGAAUAUCAGAGGAUCUCCCUUCUGGCUUCCUGACAUUCACAACUGGGGCACACCAUUUCUUAAAAGCAGAUUGUUGUAUAAUAAUAAUAAUGUACAUAUGUUAGGUUUUUGUCUUGUGUAUUAUUUUUUACUUUAGAAGAAAAUAUAUUGUAGGAUAGUUCAGAUUUAUUAUGUGUUAUUCAUGAAACAUCAUGGAGUUUCAUGACUGCAGUUGUGAAACGCUGCUAUAGAGUGAAUCCCUUCACCUUGUUAUAAUGUAACAAUAUGUUUUCCUUUUGACUCAGAAGUUUUCUAGGUCUGUAGAACUAAUCUAGUAUGUUUCUGCUGCCUAACAAAGUAGUACAUGGGUGAUUAGAUCAUAAAAUGGAAGUAAUGUAGAGUCUUUGUUCACUUCUCCAUUUGAGCCACAGCAGGCUACGUAUGAAAUUAUGAAAGAUAAAGAUAACUUAGGCAGUGCCUAAGUGAGAAGCCCAAAGUGUUUUGUACCUGACUUAGUUAAUAUCAAUACAUAACAUAUUUUCAUAGAAAAUAAUGUAUUCAUAGGAAAAUACCCAAAUUGAUAGGACCAAAUUUUUCUGGCUUAAAUGCCUCAGUUUACUUCCUAAUCCAUUACCAGCUUGGGUAAUCUUCCAAGAGUUAGUCUUUUUAAAAUAAAUUGGUAGGUAUGUAAGUACAAUUAAGUACUUCCUGGCUUCCCAGAAAGAAAGUAUACUAAUUGAUCUUUCACAGAUGUAAACAGGUCCAACCAGAAACAGUUUCUGGCCUUGCUAUAUAUGCAGAUAUAUACCAUAAUAUAUAAUAACUGUUAUUCAUGUAUAUUUCAAAAUCUAAGAUCAGUGUGCAACUGGCUUUAGUGACUUUUACUGAAAUCUGCAUUUCAGUUGUCAGUUCUAUCUUUUUUUUUAAUCUUUGACCUAAACUUUUAUAAGAGCUGCUAAUAAUUUCUAAGAUUUUCCCUGUUUCUCUUCUCUACCUUCCCUUUUUUUUUUUUUAUAACUGGUGAUUGUAGAAAUUAGCCAGAAGAUGAGAUAGAAGGGACUUGAUAAUUUAGAAACCAGGUAAUCAACUCCUAAAUCAUAUCGCUGACUAUGUAUUUGAAAUGAUAGUCUAUCUCUUUAGUUGCUAAGUCAUAUGUUUGUGUUUAAACUAGUUAAUAAACUUUAUUUUUGAGACUUAAGAAUCUACACUAAUUUUCAUAAUGAAAUAAGUUUUUGAUAUUGCUCCAGUUGGACAAUUUCAGUGACCAGAACUUCUCUGGGUAAAACUACUUAACCCACAGCAUUAAUGUGUUUAGAAUGGAAUUCUUCAGUGUUAAUAUUUGAAAUGGAAAUGGGUACAUUGAACAUUCUUAGUAAUCUUUGUUCCUAGAAUCCAAUUCUCAGUGUCACCAACUCAGUUUGAAUAGUCCUAGGAGUUUAGUAAAUAAGAUUAGCUGAUACAAUAUUUUGCUUCCAUGGUGCCAGGGAUUGGCCAACCUAAGGACAAGCUAGUCAAGGUGUUUAGGAUUCCUUGUAUUUGAAUACCAGAGGUAGAUCUGAAGGUUAGUUCAUAUUUCACUUCUAAAUGUGUGCCAGAGGAGUCUCUUAUUCUGAAAUUCUUACAUCUGGAACUUUAAAUUACCAAACGUAAAAGUAAAGAUGCAUUGUAAAUUGUACCUCAAAUUCGAGAAAUUUUUAUGUCAGUGUAAAUAAAAGUUAAAGACAGUCCAUAUAGUGCAGUGUAAUACUGCAGACCAAUUCUACCAAACAUCGUAAAUACCAAUUUAACCAAAGGAAGAGAAGGAAAAGGCUGAUUGCUGGAGUAUUAAAUGAAAGAAAUCUUUAAAAAUAACAAAGGGCAGGGAAAGAGGAGUCACCAGACACCCAGGGAUAUCCCUGAGCUAAGAAAGUUCUUUAAAGUAAUAGUGAAUUGUUUUAAAAUCCUGAGGCCUGUUUGCCAUCUGAAAGCCUUUAUCACUAAAUUUCUUUGGUUUCUGCUACUGGAAGAUUAUCCACAUCCCUCCAUAAUGAUGGGCCAGCGAGUAAAUAGGAUUUUCUUACAGCCAACCUUGCUCUUUCCAAAGGGAGAAAGUAAUACCUCAUUCACCUGGAAUUUGUGGUACAGCGUUGGUUAAUGUUUACCUUGUCACUAUGUAAAAAAGAAAAAAAUAUUAAGCAAAUAAUUAGUGCAAAUAAAGUUUGAUCUUUUAAAGCAUUUUAGCAGUAUUUAUUUGUAUAAAAAGUUAUUCUACAUAAGACCCUUUGUAGGCAAAACAGUUAUAGAAUGUGUAUAUAAUUAGUUAAGCUGCAUUUAUCUAGAAAUACCUAAUUUUUACUUAAAUGAUCCCCUCUCUUCUUACCCAAAGUAGAUAUUUUAUUAUGUUAGUGUAAAUAUUACUCCCUCUUUAGUCCAAAAUAAUCAACUUUUAAGUUGUGCUGGAUGUUAACAGAAAGGCUGAUGUGCAUGUUUUUAGGCAACAUGAUCUGGGAUGCAUAGUUCCGAUUCCCUCUGUAUAGAAAAGUACUUGACUGUCACUGUUUCUGUAUUAAGCACUCUUCUCUUAUAACAUUAAUUUGAUAAAUUUAAUAGCAUCCACUUUUGUAUUUUCAUGAUAGUCGUGAUCUUUUUAAAGGCAGCAGUAUCUUCAUUUAUUCUCAGAAAGGUGUGCCUUAAAACCUCCACUGUAGACCCAAAGUCUGGGGAACUGUGUCAUUUAGUAAGUUGUUUGUGACGGGUAAUGACCCUUUGCAUUUGACUCUAGGGAGAAAGAAUGUGAGUGACCUGAGGGAUUCCUUCCCCUAAAACAGGGCCUAAUGUCUAUGAGUCUAGGGCUUUUGUAGAGGGAAUCCCAAUCAUGCAUACUAUCGGAGAAGGUCAAGCCAUAAGGAUCAGAGUCCCCUGAGAUAAAAUCAGUGAGAAGGUAUAUUCUUUUUUAUAUUAUAAAGAAAAUUUAUCUGCUACCACUAAGGGAUGACAGCAGUUCCCAACCAACUUCAUAUUAAUAGCAUGACAUAAAGAUACUAUUGCUGUGAGGCCUAGGAUAUUUUGUGAGUGGUUUCUUUGUAACACUAGCCUGCAAGGGGCUAUGUUUUAACAUUUUACUUGUAAAUAUCUCCAUUUUUUCUAUCAUUCCUUGGUCCAUAUUUGCUAAGAAUUGAUGUAGAAAAUAAUAGUUCACUAACAACAAACAUUGAACAGUCACAGGGUAAUACUGAUUUGGGUGCUACUAGACUUUUACCUCAGAUUUGUCAGUCUCAAUUUAUCCUAAGGUAUAGUAUACAAUCUAGUAAAUAUUAAAAUUUAUGAGUUUAAUGGAGGUUAUGUAUAUACCGUUGUACCAGAAAGCCAUGGUUAGAUUAAGUGCAUUUACCAGAACUUACUUUCUUUGGCUGUGAAUAAAUUGGAUAAAACUGUUUUAUUCCGAGUUGUGGUUAGAAGAAAUUGGGAUAAGAUUGAAAGUGCUAUUGCUGGUACAAAAAUAUUACUAAAUUGGUUAAUUCUUAUGUCUACAACUGAUGUUUUAAGAGAAUCCUUUCUUAAACGGUUGGCAUUGAUGUAUGUUAUUGAAAAGGAAUAUUAACUUCAACAAUCACUUUACAACAGUACAAUCAAGGAGAGCCCUGUGUGCCUAUAAUUGGUGUUUGUUGCAUUUCUGAGCCCACUUGUUUUCAUGAGAAACAAAAAUAUUAUGGGAGAAAUAUUUUAAGUUACCAGUAUUUUAACUUUUUAUAAAGUUUGGGACUUUAAAGUAUUGACAAAGGAUAUUAAAAAUAUAUGUACUUUUACUUUAGUCAAAUUACUAAAUUUCAUUGUCUUAUUCCUUAGUUUUAUGUAUUUGAAGUCUUGUGAAUUAGGAAUAUCUAUAUAAGUAUCUAGAUACUUAAAACUUAAUGAUAAUAAAUGUAAUUCAAUGUGACUCAACAAUUAAAUUUUCUUUUCAGGACAAGAAAUACUUAAGUGCAUCAAAUUUAUAUAUUACUUUGUAAUGGUAAAUGCUCUAAAAAAAUAUUUAAGCUACUUCAAUUCUAUACCUCCUUUUUUCCCACAGGACACACAAGAAAAUGUGAUGUUAUAUUAACCCUCUGUGUGAAUUUUGCCUUAUUAAACAUUGUGCCUUAUUUUAUUAAAAGUGCUUUCUU